ACUUUAUUUGGUUAUUCUUUGGACAAAAUAACGUCUUCACUUUUUUGCAGUCACGACAAACAGGAACCCGACGACAUUGAGCAGUUACAGGAAGAAGGGGAAGUAGAGGAUCAGUCAGCUGGGACCAUUUCUGCUGUCCAACAGGCUGCGUUCUCUGACCACAAUGUCCAGUACCAGUUUUGCACAGACAAUAAUGGCGGGCAGGUGACAGACGACAACAUUGAUCCAUCCUCCGACGCCACUGCUGCUGUUAGCGUCGUCUCCGCCGCAGCAUUUGCAGGAGCACCUCAGGCUGUGAUCCAGAACCCUUUCAGUAACGUGGGCAGUCCUGUCGGGGAGACGGUAGCAGGAGAGACACGUUUUGCCUACUUUCCCGCCGCCGCUGUCACCGACGGGAGAGCCACAGCAGUGUCGGUGCAAACGACCUCUGAACCCACAAUCACACAGGGGGCAGGUCAGUUCUACGUAAUGAUGACCCCUCUUGAUGUGCUGCGGUCCGCAACUCAACGGAGCAUCGCACCGCGCACACACACUUACCCAGGAGACGUUGGUGGAAGCGAGAUGUUGCAGCAUGGCAGCACAAACUGGCGAGGAGAACUUUCACAUUCGAACCAAUGCUGCUGCGAUUCCCUCCCCUCAGUGUCAGCCCCGUUGUUUACAAAACAACACAAUACUGUAAUCGUACUGAGGUGUGAUGUGUUUGUCCCUGAGGUGUAUACAGUUGUGUUAUUGCAUGGCAUUUAACCAAAAUGUUGCAUUCUUAACGGGAUAUUGGCGUGCAUUUGGUGAGUGUCACUAAUCUUUAG